AUGGAGACCUUGUCGCCCAUUAUGAAGGCGGUCUUGUUGUGGUUGGGUCUGUGCACACGUUUUGUGUCUGUGAGGACGACGACGCCAGCUCCCGAACAAAUGUGUCCCCAACAUCAAUAUAUUGACCCAAACGAUGUGAACGAGAGAAUUAAAAAGUUAUCGGGGCAAAAGUGAGUUGUGAACACGUUAUCACUUUUACUUCGCUUUCUUUCUCGAUUUUAUAAGUAUCCUUCGAAAGAAACUAUGCAAACUGGGAGUUGUGCCUUGAAGGAAGUUAGAUUUAUAUUUAAGUCAUUAUAUUUGGGCAAAAGGAGGAAUUGGCACGUGUUAAAAUGACGUCUAGUUUAAUAAUAUUUAACUUAAAAUUACAAGUUUUGUCAUUUCUGUUUAAAAGUCAUCUAAGCUAAGGAGGAAUUUAGGAAUGUUACAGUCAAGUGUACAGCAAAAUUGCGAAAAUUUUUGAUAAAUUUGCUCAAUAAUUGAGAGGAAAUUCGUAUACGACACUAAACAUAUUGUAGGUAGCUAUGAAACCGAAAUUGGAAGCCAUUUCAAUGUUGCAUUGCCUUGCAAUUUGUCACGCAAUUUAUAAGAAACAUGUUACUUUUCAUUCCCUUCCUCAAGAAUAUGAACAACUGAAACUAUUUUGAUGACUCAAACACCCAUAGACUAAAUCUGAUUUAACACCUUAACUCCAUUGAGUUUCUUGCGCGACAAUAUUACCAUUUAAUUAUAUAAUUGCUGUAGUUUAAAUUUCAUUUCUGUAGUAAAAUUUUAAUUAACUGUAUAUAAAACUCGGCAAAAUGUUUUUUGAUCAAUCAGAAUUUUAACUACAAGUUAAGAGAUUUAGUAUCUGAUUGGAUACAGAUUGAUGUGAACCUGUCCCCUUGGAAGAGUUGAUGUUUUUACAUUUUAACAACAUCAUAUUAUGCCAAAUGUUUAUAAGAAUAAAAUGCAUUCACUGUAGGAAGCUUCAUUCCUGUAGAUCAUAGAAAUUUCACUCCAGUUGCAAUAAGUGAGAUAUUCUGUACAAUAAAGAGUAGAACCCAGUGAAUAAAUUGUUAUGGUAUGAUAUCACCAGCAGAAAGAAUACAAAAUCCCUAUUAACCCAACUUUUCUAUUAAAAAAACAUGUCUCAAGUUACAAGUAAUUGUUAUGAAGAAGCAGCUACCAUAGAUUUAAUAACAAUAAUGAUCCUUUUUAAACUUACUUAACCCCAUUACAGACUGUAACUUAGUUCACCUGACACAAACUCACCAUUAUACAUAUACAGUAUACUACCUCCAAAUGUUCUAACAUACACUUUCUGUAUUUUUCCAAAAAACUGAGCUUGCACAAGUGUUUGUCACAUUUAUAUCAGAUCUCAAAUUGUUUUUACUGUUUUAUGCUUAACGGUUAACAAGUGAGUUUUUGUUUUUUAGGAUUUACUUUGCAAACGAUGAUGACUAUUCAUAUAAAAUAUCAAUCUGUAAGCAAGGUGCUUCAGACACCGCUGCAGUUCAGCAACAUGGCGUGAAGUGGAAAGAAUCAAAUUGGAAGAUAAUAGGAACCUUCAAUGGUGCCCAUGUUACUGGAGGAAGUAAGUCAUGUGAUCAAAACUUAAUACAUGCAUAAUUGUGUAUAAACAUCAGAGCACAGAUAAAGUACACAGAUUUUAACCCUUUUCCUCACUUUGUGACCAAGACAGAGUUUUUCAUUUUCAUAACAUUACAAAAUCAAGCAGAUAAGUGAUGAGAAUAAAGAAAAUAUCUAUUAGAGGAUUUUUAUCAUUAUUUGAACUUUAACAAUAAAUGUAAAAUUUCAUUUUCUCAGCGGACUGGCUGAUGAUAAAAUACUUCCAUGGAGAGGUGUAUACCAACCACUGCAAAGGCUUAGAAAGAAUUAGUAUUGUGUUAAUGACAUGUGACCCAGGGGUUGAGAGGGUGAGUGAAUUAUUACUUAUUGUGGCUGAUAGGGCUUGGUUGAUAACGAAUACUUAUCAGAUGGCUGACAGCACCCGUAGGCAAGAUUAGGGGAAUCUUGUGUUCUGAUUAGCCAAUGGGUGGACAAGAUGAUUGCCUGCUUUGAUCAUAUAUGUGACAAAAUUAUUAAAUAAUUGAAUUAUUCUCCAAAGUAGGAAUCUUACAUAUUUUCUAGGUCAAUACUUUUGAAAUCACCAAAUUUAUGUUUUAUUGUAGAAACAACUUAUUGCCUCUGUUGUUUCUCAAUCUUUUUGUAACAAAUAGCCAAAUUCACAAUUAUGGUACCAGCCUGUAAUUAUUGAACACACUUGUGCCGUACAAAUCUCUAGCAAUAUAAUACUCUACCAAGGUCCUAAAAUUUGGAACAGUUACUUGUUCGUCAAACAUUGCUAGCUUUAAGACAAAAGUGCAAGAGUUUUAACUUAAAUAAAGUUGCACAUUUGCAACACUUUUUCCUUACUUAAUUUAUGAUUGUAAGGGCUCGGCCAUAAGCCCAGUGGCUUCCUGGGUCUCCUUGCCUUCUAGUUGUUAACCCUGUAAAUAAAUUUUUGUGUUGCUAAAAUAAGGCAAAUAAAGAUGAUGAUGAUGAUGAUGAUGAUGAUUGGACAGCACUCUCUAGAAGAUAAGGAUUUCUUUCUGGUGACCAUGUUAAUCAGCUCUGUAGUUUAAAAAAAAUGAACUUUAAUCUACAGUAUGAGGGAAAAAAUUUGUGCCAGGUUUUGUUUUUUGUGCUUCCUCUGGGCAGAAAUAAUGUUUUUGCUAGCAAAAAAGAAUCUUUAAGGUUUUUUUGUCUCUACAGUACCGCUCAGAUAUACAUUGACUACACAGACACAUUUCAUACGCAUUUGAUAUGUACAUCUUGGAAAGAAAGAUUUCAGGAGAAGAAAAUUGUCUGUGUUAGUUAUUUUGGUUUUUGCUUCCUCUGUGGAUAGAUAACAUGUGCAGCUGUAUUAACUUGGAAAAAAAUCUUUAUGUUUUGUUUGCUUCUAAAUCCAGGAAAGAUUGGAUUUUAUAAUUUUUUCCAGGGAACCAUGCGUGUCAUUGAAGAAUAUAGGAACCAAAGUAAAAUAGGAGAUCUAAAAAACCCACUGGAAUGUUACUACCUGUUUGAACUUAAUAAUGAUGCAGCAUGCACAGUGAAGCCAAAGCACUUGAGUGCUGGAUCCAUUAUGUUGAUUAUGUAAGUAUUGCACUUUUUGACAAAGGUUGCUUACUUUUUUCUGAAUUACACAAAAGUCAUGUAAUUAUUAGCUACAGUAGAACCCAGCUUACUUAAACUCUUAAGGGAAAUGGAAAAUGGUGCAAGUUAAUCAAGUUGGAGUUAUAGUUGUCAGUAACUGCAGGGCGUGAAAUUGCGCCUAAUACAGGCGCCAAUGCGACUAAAUUUUUCACUUUGGCGACCAAAUCCUGAAAGUUAGUCGCCAAAUUGGCGACUAGAACGUUUCAUUAUAACCUUACCAAGAGAUAUAGAGAAUUUAAAAAAUUUGCAAAGGUAAAUCCGCGGCAAACUUCUUCGUUAAGUUUGUUUCCAAAACGUUGCACAUGCAUCUCGAUCGAUAACUAAACGCCAUCUUGGAUUUAGAUAAGCCUGAACGUUGUAUAUCAUCCAUCCUAGUGUCCACUUUGUAGCACGUUAAAGAUCUUUUCCCUAACUUAAUUUUGAAGGGCCUAUCUAGAACGCUGACGGCGUAAAGAAAGAUUUUGUUUGUCUUUGAAAAUGGCGACCAACUUUUUUUGAAUUGGCUACCACUUUGAAGAAUUUAGGAGCCAAGUGGCUAUCAGAAAAAAAAGUUAAUUUCACGCCCUGAACUGAUAGUAAACAUCUGAAAUGGGUCAAAUCUGAGGGAACUUGGAUCUUGUCUGUGUUAGCAGGGGUUUGAGUUAACCUGGUUAGAGAUUGUAGGGAUUUACUGUUUAUCUGCAGCAAAGAAAAUUAAGAAAUUAGGAUGAUAUGGGUGCACAAUUUCACAACGUUGGUGGGCUUGCUUACUUUCAUUGAAUUACACCUAACUUAUUAACUACAGUUCUGUAGAACCUUGCUAACUUGAACACUGAAGGGAAACAAAAAGUGGUUUGAGUUAUUCAAGGUUAAGUUACUGUUUUUAGGUGAUAGUUAGUUACUGGAAAAAUGGGGUCAAUUCUGAAUGAACUUGGAUCUUUUCUGAGUUAGCAGGGUUUGAGUUAUACUGUAACCAGGUUGGAGUGGAACUGGUUAGAAUUCUUAGGGUUCCACUGUACUGUGCAUCAGAGAAAAUCAAGAAAUCAGAUUGACACAAAUGCACAAUUUCAAGGGAGAAUUUUUUGGGAACUAAAAAUUGCUUUUUCUGGGGUGGGGUGCAGUGUGGAAAAAAAAAAAAAAAGGAGUCAGAGUGUCCCCUCCCCAGAGUACUUUUGUUUGCUCUGAUUUGCCAAUUAAAGCCAAUCUGAGUUUGAAUCUCAACAAUUAAAAUUAAAAAAAUAAACCUCUAAGGAAAAAUCAAGAACUUACUUACAAGCUUUUUUUUUUAAUUAAACCAAUUAAAUAACCCAUUGACAAUAACUUCUUCUUCAUUGCAGAUUGAUCGUUGUGGGCUCCAUUUACUUAAUUCUUGGUUUCUUGUACCAAAGAUUUAUGGUUGGUGCUAAAGGAAUGGAGCAGAUACCUAACUACAACUUUUGGAAAGACUGUGGAAGUCUGCAAGCUGUAAGUUUUUCUCUUUUUUCAAACUAUCUACAAUGGUUAAAGGGGGUAAGUUUCUAAAGAAACUGUGGUGCUGUGUCAGUGAGAGAGUAUAACUGGGUAAUUUAAUGUUAUUGACUGAGUUGAUAGCGUAAAUUGGCCUCUGUAAAGAGUUAAAAGAUUGACAUUUCGAGUGUUAGCCCUUCAUCAGAGUGAUUGGAGGAAUUGUGGGUUGUGUGUGGGUUUAAACCAUUUAGUUAAUAACACUCAAUACCCUAUCUACAAUGGUGUUAGUGCGUAAUGAUUUUGAGGCACAGUGGAAGUUGGCUUAAUCUUUUUUUCUUGCCAUUUGAGAGAGAUUUUGUGUUGAGUCGUUAGUCAAAUAAGAGUUUUCUUGUUGGUCUGUGUAGGUCAGAAGACUUCUUUGUAAAUGAACACAAAGUAACAAAUUGCAUCCAAACUUUCCCAAAAUCAAAAUUCUUUUUUUACUUUAAUUUGUUUUUUGUUUUGGUUUGCUUCUUUUCUGUGGGAAAACGACUAAACAGUCAAUCCAAAUUAGCAGAUAGCACGUCUCAUGCAAAAUACUUUAUUUCUCAGUGGUUACUUGUCUUUGGGAAAAUUUUCCUACUUCUUCAAGGUCAAGUUACCUUCAGUGGUGUGAUUCUAAGUACUGUUUUAAAUUUUGUUUUUUUUCCCAGGAUGGAUGCAAUUUUAUGUGUCGGUGUUCAGAGUCAAGCCCAACGAGAUACAAGGUGGGCUGUCAAAGUGAAAUCCUAUGUCUCAAUUAUAUAAAUGGUUCAAGGCACAAAGGCAUAGUUAGCAGUAUUCUGUAACAAACCAUCUCUCUGCACAAGCUGGAGUGAGGUCACACUGCCAGAGGUCCCCAUUGGGUCAAAUACUUUUCUUUUUUUCUUCAUAAUGCAGGCAAGCCAUUUCAAAAAUCACAUGAUGGCAAACACUUUGGGACAAACCACAUAAUUUCACUAACAUCAGAAUUCCUCUUUUGUUAUAAAUCUAAAACACCAUUCAAAGUUAAACCUAGGGUAAAACAGACUACUGCCUUGUACAUACUUAUCUGCUUCCUUUGCACCUGUUUUUUUAAGCAUGUUUUGAAAAGGUGCAUGCAUGUGCAUGCUUUUUGUAAAUGUGCCUUUUGCAUUCAUUUUGGGCCAUGCACCUCUGAGCUGUCCUGAAAAUAAAUUUUAGCCUGCAAGCAGGCGCUUAUUAUGAACCCUUCAGCAUGAUGAGCAUUUCUCCCUGUGGGCGGGCUAGUGAUAGGUCUAGCACUGAUAAUGCCAGACCCUCAGCAAACCUCUCCCUGACUUGUCUCAAACAUUCCUGAAGCCAGAGAAAUGCAUGUCUUGCAGGGUUAAUAGUAAUCCAGGCCUGCUUAAAGGCUAGGAAGUUUAUUCUUUUUAGUGUCUCUUUCUGCUGAGGAAAUGGAACCCUCUGGUGGUAAUGCUGUGUUGGGUGGGGGGGGGGGAGAGUCAGAUGGGAGGUACCCCACCAUAGUGAAGUUUCUCACCCAAGGGGGAAGUGGGGUGAAGGGGGUAAGUUUCUGAAGAAACUGUGGUGCUGCGUCAGUGGGAGAGUACAACAGGGUAAUUUGGUUUUAUCAACUGAGUUGAUAAUGUAAAUUGGCCACCAAAAAGAGUUGCAAAGCUGAUGUUUCGACCAUUAUGGCAAUCCCAUUUGCUCUGAGGAAAGGCUAAUGCUCGGAAGUGGGGUAAGCCUGUUUCUCAGUGCUUUACCAGCAUGGCCAGCAAUUUGUUUCAGGGGAUAAGCUUGUCGCAGGCAUUAAGUAUCAUUGGUUUUUCUUCAAAUUCUGUAAUUGUCUAGAAAAUUACUGCUACCUUCUUAACCAAUGAGAUGGAAUACCAAUUGCAACUUGGUUGCUAGCAUUUUCCUGCACUUCAGGCCAUUUCCUUGUUUUUUCCUAGUUUUCAUUUGCUCCUAGGGAUAUUUCCCUUUGUUCUGAUUGGCCAUUCUGAUUACUGUGGUUUUGGUUGUACAACACUAAUCGAAAUGUGCUUUUUGCUAAGGGAAAGUGGCACAAGUUCCAGCCAGAUGGGACAUUAAGCUCGUAACAUGACCAUGAACCUUAAGGCUCAUGUGUGUGAUUUUGUAUUCUGAUUUAACUAUUGUUAAAUUUAAUUUUUUUCCUCUUAGGCAAUGGAUGAUGCCUUAGCAGAUGAUGACAGAGAUGAUACAUUGCUUCCAAUGUAGACUUUUUUUAAAUACUCCAUAUAAGUCACAUAGUUUUGUGUGUACAUCUAAAUGUACUGAUGAUAAUCCUCACCUUCUGUCAUUUGGAUAUAAUGAUUUGUUGUGGAAAAGAGAGAGGAAGAGAUAUCCUUGAUUUGUAGUAGGAUCUGCUUAUCAAAUGGUGAAAUUGCAUGUUCAUGUAGCUAUCUUUUUUCAAAGCUAAAACUAAUGGAUGAUGAAUUGAUAUAGGAUGAAGAAGAUUUAAGUACUAUAAACAGAUAAUUAACCAAAUGUUACUCUUUACAUCAGGAGAAUGCCUCUUAUUUCUUGACGUUUUCUCCUUUUCUAUAUUUAUUCUUUAAAGGCUAAAAGCAGAGGUAAGCCUGAGACAAGCAUGAGGUGUGAGUUAUGCACUCUCCUCUUACUCGUCGCGUGAUCAUGGGUGAUUUGCCCCCUGUGUUUGUCACAUGCUUACCUCUUUUAUCAUGCCAAACAUUUUUGUCUCUGUUUUCUUUAGGCUAUAUGUGGUGUAUAGGCAAGUUUUCUUUUCAGUGUUUAACAAUUAUGCAAAGUUUAGGUGGUAGCCUUCUAGGAAAUGUAUUUGGAUUAAAAGUCAGAACUCAGGUACCUUUUCUUAAAAGAUGACGGAGAAAGUCAAUACAAUCAUAGAACGUGUCAUGAAUCUUUAGAUUAGGCAUCUUCUACCCUUUGACCCUGAAUCAAACAUUAAGGUCACAAGAACAAACUAAGGAAAUGAUCACCAACUUACAGUGUUCUCCCUUAUUUUAAGCAUGACAGGUAAAUUGAUUUUUUCAAACUGUUAAAGCAAUCCUUUUACGAGUUGAAUUUUCAAGAAUUCCAAGCAAUUUUAAACGGUAGUAAGAGGUAGUACAGGUGGUAAAUGUUACCGGUUACUGCCUGAAAAGGAGAACACUGAACUAAACAAGCUCUUAAAUGUUUAUCAGCACCUCAUAAGAAUUGGGUAGAGAGAAGUAAAGAGAAAAUACACACUGACUUUGUGGUGUAAAGGGUUAAAUAGUUUUUGAUUGAGUGUUGAUUGAGUUGUCACAACCUACAGCUAAUCAUAAUCAAGAAAAAAUAUCAUAGGAAGGCAAUGAGAAUUUUUAAGUAAAAAAUGAACAAUUUGCCUGAGGUGCAGAUGAGAAAACAUGGGUGACUUAGUCUGGAUUGGUUUUAAUUUUGCACCUGAUGGUUGAGAGGCUAAUGAAAAUUGUCUACUCUUAUCAUAAGAAGAAAGGUAAUCUGUAAUUACUUUCAACACUCAAUUGAGAGCAUUAAAAGUUAUUUGCAAAUACAAAGGACCUCUUGCAAGUCAAAAGAUGAAACAAUCUCAAGAAGCUGUUCGAGUUUCAUUCACAAAUACUGUUGUGUAGAAGAGUUCUACUCUAAAGAGGAGGUUUGAAUAUUUUACAAGUAGAAAUACAGUUAGACGAAGCUUUGUGUGAAAGACAACAAACACUUAUCCAGAAUAAAAAAGGUUAUUAGCUUUCUUUACGUCUUGAGUGAAAAAGUCAUUUGUAACUCUGUUGAGUCUUUUGAUGCCAGCAUGAGUCAAGCCUAGUGACUGAGAAAAAUAUAGAUUUUUUAUCAGCCACUUUCUAUCACUGGCUCUCCUAUGUUAAAUUUGCCACUCUCUAUUCCCUCAUGGAUGCUUUGCUUGAGUUGUUUAUUUGA